AGAUUUCGUUACGGCAUUUUCACUCAAAUCGACUUUUGGAUGACUGCGGCUGUCAUCCUCGUCGUUAUGAGUGGUGCAUGCACGGCGUUCCGCAUCCGCAUAGUUGGAGCUUCUCCUGAUGCUUUGACAGCAAACGUUCUGAAUGGAGAGAGGAAGAAAGAUACCUCCGCUGCUACACAUGCGGUGCCCAAAGACUGGUCUGCGCCUAGCUAUGGACUCUAUUCACUUCGAUAGAUUUCCUUUCUGGUUAGCCGCAUUCCAGCCCAACAUCAGUCAGUCCGUUGAAAGUCACACAAGCACUGCCUCUUUGGUAUAUUCCACCCCCUUUGGAGCUCUUGAAGCGCGAUGCGACCGCCAGUGGAGUCUCUUAUCACACGCAGUACCAUUCAUUAUUGCAAUUUCGGCUUUGGGCUGCCACAAGACGAUCCACCUUUCUUCAUCCCUUGCGUCGAGGCUUCGCUUUCUGUCCUUUUGUGUCACCACAUCUUCAGGACGAUUGGCCAUCAUCACGUCUUCAACGACCACAUGUCUCGUCGUCUUGCCAGUGCUACAGGGAUUAUCCACGGCCGUCUCCGAUAGCAUCACAAGCGUGGAAUGUGACUGCGAAUAUUUGCUCGCAGAAUUAGGCUGUGUGAGCAAUUUGUCGACGUCCUCCCUCCUGGAGUCGACGUUUCCAGAGACAUAAAUUCUCGAACGAGUCCGCUCAACUUUCUUGAGAUGGCUCAUAAUUCCAGCCCUGUUCUCCAACGAGCUUCAUCCGCAUCAUCCGCAUCAUCUUUUAGCAACGGCGUUACUCCAUUCUUACCCGCUGAAAACAUGAUUG